CCCCAAAAAAGUCACAUAAUCCUUCUCUUUUUACUCUCUCCCUCCCCCUUUCCCUCUAUUCGUUCUCCUACCGACGUUCCCCGCCUCUCCACUCUCGAAUCUAUGACAACCGGGGGACAAAAAUGCACUCCACACAGAUCAUGAUCUCUUUGUGGGGUCAGCCAAGAUGUUUUCUCUCUCGGCUGCUCGCCGUCCUGCUCCUUGUCGCCAACAAUGGCUUCACCGUCGCCUACGACCUGGACCCAUCCUCGCCUGACUCGGUCAGAUCCGUUUCCCGUUCCAUCGCCGAGGACCUCAUGUCCCUGUAUCACGGUCACAGACCGGGUCAAACCCCGGGCUUGCUUCCGGACCCCCCGUACUACUGGUGGGAAGCUGGCGCGCUCAUGGGCGCCAUGAUUGAUUAUUGGUAUUACACGGGUGAUGGUCAGUGGAACGACCGUGUUAUCCAAGGCCUGAUGCACCAAGUCGGCGAUAAUGCGGACUACAUGCCCAAAAACCAGACCUUGACCGAGGGCAACGACGAUCAGGGAUUCUGGGGCCUCGCCGUCAUGUCCGCCGCCGAACAACGCUUUCCCGACCCCCCCGAAGGCCAGCCGCAUUACCUCGCCCUGGCCCAGGCCGUCUUUAACACACAGGCCGCCCGGUGGGAUACAGAACACUGCGGCGGUGGCCUGCGCUGGCAGAUUUUCACAUGGAACAAGGGGUUCGAUUACAAGAACACCAUCUCUCAGGGCUGCUUCUUCGCGCUCGCCGCCCGCCUCGCUCUCUACACCGGCAACUCCUCCUACACCGACUGGGCCGAGCGGGCAUGGGACUGGACCGUCGCCAUCCAAUUCAUCGACUCGGCGACCUAUCGCGUCUUUGACGGCGCCCACACCACCACCAACUGCACAAACAUCAUCCCUUACCAAUGGUCGUACAACGCCGGCGUCUUCAUCAACGGCGCCUCCGCCAUGUACAACCUCACGGGCUCCCAGGUUUGGCGCGAGCGCCUGGAUGGUCUAGUCGCCGCCGCCGACGUCUUCUUCGUCGGUCCGAACAAAGACAUCAUGCAGGAGGUCGCCUGCGAAACCGUCCAGCUCUGCGACAUUGAUCAACAAUCGUUCAAAGCCUAUCUUUCCCGCUGGCUCGCCGCUACGACCAAGUGGGCUCCCCAUCUCGCCGAUCACAUCAUGCCCAAGCUCCGCGCCUCCUCCAUCGCCGCUGCGUCAACCUGCGUCGGCGGUGACAACGGUCGCAUGUGCGGUCUCAGAUGGACCGAGGAGGGUAAGUGGGACGGCAUCCAGGGCGUCGGCCCCCAGAUGAUGGCCAUGCAGGUCACCCUCGCGAACCUUGUCGCCUCCCGUCCUGACGCCGUGACCAUGCGCACUGGCGGCACGAGCCAGGGCGACCCGGCGGCUGGCAGCGCAGACAUAGGCCGCACCGAGCCCGAAGGCAUGGAGUUGGCAGCCAUUACGACGAAGGACCGCGUGGGGGCCGCCAUUCUCACUACGCUCAUUGUAAUGGGCCUUGUCGCCAUCCUGAUCUGGCUGUUCCUGGACGAGACCUCCGAGAAGCCCGUCAAACAGCGGUUCUUCGAGUUCCGCAAGCAGGUUACCAGCACCAGAGGGCUUGCGGCGGCGUUUAGCUUGGGAGGUAGAGUUUUCGAAGCCGACGAGAAAGGCAAAGGCCCCGAGUUACCGUCAUCGGGGGCGGCCAGCGACGAAGAUGCGGCAGUUCGAGCGCCUCCGCGCAGCGCGAGUGGUGUUGUGGCCCCUCUACCGGUAGCAAGGGAGAUGCAGAGUGAGAGCCAUCAGGUUCCGGUCCCCAUUCGCGAGAGACGGGCGAGCGUCAUACAGGUCGAGGCUAGCGGGAGUGGAAGCAGGAGCACCAGCAACGACGAUCCCGCCACAUCCCAGGCAACAACCAAAGUUCAGCGGUUUGCGAAAAGGCUUAAUAUGAGGGAUCGCGGCAGGACGGGGCCAUAGUCUGGUCUCCCGUUGUAUUCCCCUUAAAGUAUAUAGAGGAGAAUCAUGGAACGAUAGGGAGUCGAAAUGAUCGGGUUACGCUAGGGACAGGGUGGACAUUGGGCCAUGUC